CCCUUGUGGUUGUGCAGGGAAGCAGAGGAGAGCUUAACGUGGCCCUCAGCUCGCUCUGCUCUGCUCCACGAGUGGGAGGAGGCGACGACCUGCACCGACUCCCACACACACUUCAUCCCAGUUGUUGCUGUUUGUUGUGUUCGGAGCAAGACCCCGAAGGAGGUGCAGAAAACAUGGAAGAUGAGAGCCGGAGGAAGAUGAAGGCGAAGUUUGGCCUGAGGCAGGACAUCUUCAAGGAGUUCCUGGCAGAAUUUCUGGGGAUAUUUGUCCUGAUACUCUUUGGAUGUGGCUCAGUGGCCCAGACGGUGCUGAGUGGAGGGAGUCUCGGAGAGCCGCUCACCAUCCACAUUGGUUUCACUCUGGGAGUCAUGAUGGCCGUCUACAUGGCAGGGGGGGUCUCAGGAGCCCAUGUGAACCCUGCUGUCUCUCUGGCCAUGGUGAUUCUGGGGAAGCUCCCGCUGAAGAAGUUCCCCGUGUACGUGCUGGCACAGUUCCUGGGAGCUUUUACUGGCUCCUGCGCCGUCUUUGGGUUGUACUACGAUGCUUUAAUAGAAUACACCAACGGAGAGUUUACAGUUACUGGAGCAAAUGCCACUGCCAAUAUAUUUGCAUCUUAUCCUGCGAAUCACCUCUCAGUCCUCAACGGGUUUGUUGAUCAGGUAAUUGCAACUGGUGCACUGAUCCUGUGCAUUCUGGCCAUCACUGACAAGAAGAAUAUUGGCGCCCCGAAAGGCAUGGAGCCCCUGUGCAUCGGCCUGACCAUCAUGGCCAUCGGGGUUUCCAUGGGCCUGAACUGUGGCUAUCCCAUAAACCCGGCACGAGACCUCGGACCACGCCUUUUCACAGCUGUGGCUGGGUGGGGCAUUGACGUUUUCAGGUAA